AGUUUUUACUAUCUGUGCAUCUCUAAAAGGGACAGCUGUAGCAUAAUUUGCUGUAACUGCACAGCAGACCAUUAAAGCCGCGUUGGUACUCGUGGGAUUCAUUCAACAUUUUUUUAUUUUAUUGAAUCUCUUAUUUUCAGGAAAUUGACAGCGCGCAUCUGACCGCUGAUGCGUAAAGAUCCGUGCGUAAAACUAACAAUAAUCGCCACUGCUCUGCCAUAGAAUGUCAGAGAGGAUUUAUUUCGACUUGAUACCUCAAUCAAGAGCUUCAUUACUGAGAGAGUGAUUGACACGGAGAGGAUUUGAUGGAGGUGGCUCGGUGACAGCUACACUUUCUCCGGACUUUCAGUUUGGAUUGGCACCGCAGCGCCUUUAAAUCUUCUGGACUUUUCUAAUGUUUCAGUAGUGAGGAGAGGGGAUCCUGUAUCCUGCAUGGAACCCUGACAGAUUUUGGAUCUCUUAAUUGUCACGACUAUCACCUUCUAUGUGUCACAAGAGGGGGAUAAAAACGGAGCUGAAAUCCCCAUCAGCAGGAACUUUAUUUCCGAGAGCUUCCAGCACCGAAUCAGUGGAGUAUUCAUGAAGCAAUAUUUGAACUAUUACAAGAUGAGGCUGAGAACAUCGAGGUUAGGUUAUCUGUUACUUCAGUUCACGGCGCUUUGCUUUUACGCACAGAACACUGUGCAGUCCCCUCCUAAUUUCAAGCACCAUGUCACCGAGCAGAGCCGGCUGUCGGACCGGAUGAGCCGCAGGUUGACAAGAACCUACCAGCUGUACAGCCGCACCAGCGGGAAGCACGUCCAGGUCCUGGCCAACAAGAGGGUCAACGCCAACGGAGACGACGGAGCGGUGCACGCUAAACUGGAGGUGGAGACGGACUCUUUUGGAAGCCGUGUUCGCAUUAAAGGAGUGAAGACUGGAUACUACAUAUGUAUGAACAAGAGGGGGAAGCUGAUCGGCAAGAGGAAAGGACGAGGCAAAGACUGCAUCUUCACCGAGAUUGUUCUGGAAAACAACUACACGGCACUGCAGAACGCCAAGUACGAGGGCUGGUACAUGGCUUUCACACGCAAGGGCCGUCCGAGGAAGGCCUCCAGGACCAAGCAGCACCAGAGGGAGGCCCACUUCAUGAAGCGUCUACCCAGGGGGCACUUGCUGAGUGAGAGGAGGCCGUUUGAUGUCCUUCCUCUCCGUGUCCCAGCACACCCUUUGAGCAAGCGGACUAAACAUUCCCAUCACCAGCGCUCAGGGGGCCGCUGAGGACUGAAACCACUGAGGGAGAACUGUGGACAAACCCGCACAGAAGAACCACUACAUGGGGAAACAAGUGCUCCCAGAGAAAUGUACUUUUCCAGUCAAGUGCCCAUACACUUUUUGCCUCAUUUUGUGGACUUUGUGUAAUUCUUUGUACUGGAUUGUAUGUAACCAUUGACUAUCUAAUCUGUUAGUUAUUUCCAAUUCAGACAGACUUUAGGACAGAUUUUUACUUAUUAAAUCGGGGGGCAGUUAAGGUACCGAAGAGCUCAACAAUAUUGUCACGAAUGAAAACCUCUGGUUAGACGUUAGCCAGCUCAGCAACAAAGAAUGUUUAAAAGAGAAAUGAGUACAAUGAAGCUAGACACGGCAGCUAUCUGUGGAUUUACUUGUGGUUACAGCAUCUGAGUCUCAGUCGACAUGCUAUCCUGCCUUUAGGAGGCCAUUCUGGAGAAUCUUUAACCUGUUUUUUUUUUUUCUACAUAUAUGAAUAUAUUUUUACUGUAAAAAUGUAAAUGACGUCAAAUGAUGGAAAUAUUUAUUGUAGAGUGUAUAUUAAAACCACUAAAGAAUCAGUUCACAAGCUGCUCCGCUUUUCUCUCGUUUGCUUGUUUUGGGAUGGAAGGCUCGAGCAUACAUUGUUGGUUGCCCCCCGAAAAACUGUUGUUUUUUCUUCUUCAAGCUGGAGACCCAGAUAACUGAGGGGCAAUAUCUGU